AAUAUUCAUUCAAAAACAACAAUAUUAUUCAUUAGUGUUAUCUAAAGUCUUUAAGUAUACUAGCUAUCUAGUGUUAUAUUGUCAUCGAUUGAUUCAUCAUUUGUCGUUAUGGAAUUCCAAUCUUUGCCCCAAACUCAGGCUAAGUUGAUCAACGAGAUCAAAGAAACAAUGUUCUCAUCGUUAGACAUCAAUCCUUACUCCCUCGUUUUUCCUUGUGCUUACGACACUGCAUGGCUAGCCAUGAUACCACAUCCUAACCAACCUUCGAAGCCUAUGUUCGAGGGUUGUUUGAGUUGGGUGCUUAACAACCAAACCGAACAUGGCUUCUGGGGUAACUGUGAUGACCAGAGUGGCAUGCCAACCCUCGAGUGUCUGACUGCCACUCUGGCUUGUGUUGUUGCCCUAAGAAAGUGGAAUGUUGGUUCUUCCAUGAUAAGUAAAGGGUUGGAAUUUAUUCAUUCAUCUAAUGCAAAAAGGCUCUUAAAAGAAAUGAAAAAAGAAGACUUUAUUCCUCAAUGGUUUGCAAUCGUUUUCCCAGGAAUGGUUGAAUUGGCUGAAGAAGUUCUCAAAAUCCAAAUCUUAAAGGAUCAAUCCGUUGUCGUUUCGGACAUAUUUUACCAUAGGCAACUUAUUUUCCAAAAAGAGCUACAUAAUAAGGAGACAUAUUUGUUAUCAUAUCUUGAAGUGUUGCCAUCAUCAUAUUUUAAUGAAGAAUUAAUAAUAAAAAAAUUGUGUGAAAAAGGUUCUUUGUUCCAAUCUCCAUCGGCAACAGCACAAGCUUUCAUGGCAACUGAAAAUUCCAAAUGCUUGCAUUAUUUGCAAACCCUAGUUCACAAGUUUUCCAAUAAUAAUAACAAUAAUAUCAUUGGAGUUCCCACUACAUAUCCCAUGGACAAAGAUCUUAUAAAGCUUUGCAUUAUCAACUACGUCGAAAGAUUAGGGUUGGCUGAGCAUUUCACUAUCGAAAUCGAACAACUUCUACAACAAGUUUAUAAGAAUUAUGUGAAAUGUGAUGGAGAAUUUUAUUACGAAAAAAGUUACCAUUCAUUGGCAACUUUAGAGUUACACCUACUCAAAGAAUCAUUAGCUUUUAGGCUUCUAAGGAUGCAUGGCUACAAAGUUUUUCCUAGUAACAUCUAUUGGAUUUUGAAGAAUGAAGAUAUAAAAAAUCACAUAGAAUCAAACUAUGAAUGCUUUUCAGUUACGAUGUUGAAUCUUUACAGAGCUACUGAUCUUGCUUUUCAUGGUGAAUUUGAGCUUGAUGAACUAAGAAUAUUUUCGAGAAAACUACUUCAAAAGUCUAUUUUAGUAGGAGCUCGACAUACAAAUCCUUUUAACAAACUGAUUGAGAAUGAGUUAAGUCUUCCAUGGAUGGCUCGACUAGAUCACUUGGAACAUAGACUUUUUAUUGAACAAACUAAUGAAGCUCAAUCAUCUUUAUGGAUGGGAAAGACUUCUUUCCAAAGGUUGUCGAGGUUUCACAACGACAAGCUAGUUCGUCUAGCCACCUUAAAUUAUGAGUUCAAACAAUCUAUUUACAAGACCGAACUUGAACAAUUAACAAGGUGGUGUAAAUAUUGGGGACUUAAUGAAAUGGGAUUUGGUAGAGAAAAAAGUACAUACUGUUAUUUUGCAGUAGCUUCAGCUUGUUGUUCUUUGCCUUAUGAUUCUCCAAUUCGAUUGAUGGUUGCAAAGGGUGCUAUAAUAAUAACAAUUACAGAUGAUUUUUUUGAUAUGAAAGAAUCUCUAAUCACUGAGUUAAAAACUUUUACUAAGGCCUUUCAAAGGUGGGAUGGUAAAGAGUUGAGUGGUGUUAGUAAGAAAAUAUUUGAUGCCCUAGAUAAUCUUGUAAGUGAAAUGGCAACUAUGUACCUUGAACAACAAGAAAAUAGUAAUCAUGACAUAACCAAUUGGCUAAGAAAAAUUUGGUAUGAAACGAUUUGUUCAUGGCUUACUGAAUCGGAGUGGAGUAAAAAUGGGAUUGUACCAACCAUGGAUGAAUAUCUUAAAGUUGGAAUGACUUCCAUAGCAACUCACACCUUGCUUCUUCCAGCUUCUUGUUUUGUAAUAAAUUCAACUUUACCGGUCUACUCUCAAUUACGACCAAUUCAAUGUGAGAGUGUUACAAAACUCGUCAUGACUAUUUGUCGUUUGUUAAAUGACUUACAAAGUUAUGAGAAGGAAAAAGAAGAAGGCAAACCAAACUCAAUUACUGUGUACAUGAAGAACAAUUCUGAGGUAGAAAUGGAAGAAGCAGUAAAGUACGUGAAAGAGAUAUUAAACAAGAAGAAGAAAGAGUUACUCGAACAUGUUAUGAUUGAUGGCUUUACCAAUCUUUCAAAAGAGUGUAGGCAUCUACACCUCUCUUGCUUAAAAGUAUUUCAAAUGUUCUUCAACUCUUCGAAUCGAUAUGAUUCAGACACUGAAAUGCUUGAAGACAUUAGCAAAGCAAUCUAUGUUCCUUUGAAAUCAAUUGAUCAUGAAGGACUCGAAAAGAAUCUCUUAAGGCCUCCAAAGUCACCGAUGAUUGAUCUUACUCGAGUCAAAUCAACGACCACAAAAUGUUCGAUGAACAUGAAUAAAUUUAGUCAACCCACUAAAUGUUUUGUGAUCAUGAAUGAACUUUCUCUUCAUCAACAUAAAAAAGUUGGCAAUUGGAAAAUAUCAACACCUAUUAUGCCUUCACAACUCAACUUCUGCUUCAUUUGAUAUAUUACAAGUAAUUUGUGUAAUAAGAAUUGAAAAUGCUUAUAUAUAGAAGUUUUUUUCUUAUAAAAUA